CUCAGGUUGCGGGUGACGUGUGCGGGUGGGGAUAACUCCACAGAACUUCUGAGCUCGUGAUGUUUCUGUUAGUUUCUGGACCUGCGCUGAGGUUCUGAGUCUCCGGUGAAUCUUCCUCCGGUAACUCGAUCAGAAAUGGAGCAAAGCAUCAGAUCAGGUCCAAUGGAUUUCGGCGCAUUUGACGGCCAUCAGAGUUUAUUUGCCAAUUCACUCUUCCCCUCCCACCAGCGCCAGGCCAGUGCAAAUGCAGGAUGUGGAAACAGCAUGAACACCUCGUCACCCUCCCUGUCUGACCCUGGUGUCCUAAUGCAGGACAAGGACACAGCAUCGUAUGUGCCCUGGUAUCACAAUGCUCAGGUUGAUCCUUAUCAACUUUUCAAUUGUGUCCAGAAAAGUACUCCAACAAGGAAACCAACUGAUGAUAUGAAUUACGAUGGAGAGACAGUUUUACAAGGUCUGGUGUCAAAUAUUUUGGAUGAAGCCAAUUCACAGCACAGCUUUAUUGAACGGAUCCCAGCUACACAUUUUCAGUCGUUCAUGGGUGGUGAUCAUGACAGCUUUUGUCGUAGAGACUUUCUAAACAUGUGCGAGCCGACAUAUGGCAUGCUCCAUGAAGACAGCUUGUUUGAACAAUGGAAAAUCACCAGUCCCACAGUAUCACCAAAAAGUAAUCCGGCAAUGCUGAUCCCAAAACAGCCAGUGGGAGAAUUCAACAUGGUGCAGAGGGAGAGAAAUGGGGGAGUUCGGAAACAAAUAUUUAAACGUGACACCUUUCAGAAUUACCUGCAAGAGCCCAUCAAGCAACCAGAGCCCCUCUCUCCAGCUGUAAACCUCCCAAACCAAUACCAAAACAAAGUGACCCCCUAUAGAGGCAACAUUGGAAGCAUGAACCAGUAUCCAAAACAUCACAUCCCGCCAAGCCCUAUUCGGGACAAAUUCAAGCCACAGAUGCAGAGAGAGAAGAAGAUGGCACAUAUGCCUGGCAUUCUGGGAGAAGGCUUCUCUACAAGACCCCUCAGCAACGCAUAUACAAGAGACGGCGAUAAGAAACAGGUUUUCCCUCAGAAACCAUGGUUUGAGCAUCAGGGAGGCAGUCAGUCUCAAAGAUUUAAUAGAGAGAACAGCAUGUUCAGAGCAGGGAAUUCAGAGCAGUACAUACCUCCAAUGUCUCCUGAAGGUGACCUCAGAGGGCACCACAGCAUUCCCUUGAACAUCAGCCUCAGAUCCACGCUGUCCAACGAAAGUGCUGUUCCAGGCGAGGAUAACAGGGAAGUGAUGACCCGCAGUGCAGAGAGCACUUAUCAUGGCCGAUCCUCUGCUGCGACAACUCCAAUGACGAUGAAUCAAGAAGGAUCUGCCAUCCAGCUUCUUGUCUACCACGAUGAGUGUAACGAGCAGUGGAAGAGUUUAAGCAUGGAGAGAAAGAUGAUAGAGACCAUCCUUACCAAGAUGUUUGUGGGGAAAUGGACUACAGCACUGAUCAAUGCCAUCAUUCCCCAAACUCCCCCAAACCCCACCAGAGUUGACCACCUCAUUGUUAGACAGAUGAUGGAGCACGCAGAGGUGGCAAGCCUUCUGUAUAGGAUGGAGUAUCUGUGUAGCAUUCCCAUCCACAUCAACAUCCGCACAGCACUGAACAAGUAUCAUGAGGCUGUUUGCGGCAUCCAGGCAAUGCGCAAGCAGAUGUCUACCAUGUCCAAACCUCAGCAGCAGAGAGGUCACAUCACAGACAGCCAAGACCUACUGUUGAUCAUCGCACUCAAGCACCUAGCUGCCACCACGAGGAAGCUCCGCGUGGCCCUGUGGUGUGCCGUCCAGAUGACGCUGCCGCUGCCGCAGCCGCAGCCUGAUGGAAGGCAGGACGAACAAGUCAACAUGCAGGCCACGCUCAGAAAUGGGCACACCUCUGCAUUUAAGGGAAACACCUUCAGGUUGUGACUUAGCAGGAAACAAGCAUGAGUUAAAGGUCCUGAUAAAAUGAAAUCCACCAAAUCACCAUUUAUAGGAAACUAAUGAUUUGUGAAGGUUGUGUUAGGAAUGACCUGUGAUGUUAUUUAUCCUGCUUCAUCUUAAAUUCAGUUAUCAUUUAAUAUUUAGUGUCCGUUCCAAACUAAUGUAAGUCUGGCUCUUUCGUUGUUGUAUUUUAAGGCACUAUUUAUCUGGAAGAUUUCAGUGAAUUCUUCUUUGUUUUUACUUGUACUAUUUAUUAUUAUCUAUUGGCAUGUAAUUAGACGUCAGGUCUGGGUCAUCUUAAGCAACAAUUGAUAAGGAAGGAAAAUGAUAAGGAAAGUAGUAGUUUUAUAAUCAACAUGGUAAUUAUUCAUGUUUUCUAAAAUGUUCCAUUAAAUUUCUGCCGCUUCAGUUUUUCUCAUGUAACUUUACCAUCUUUUAAUAAGAAAAACAAGCUCUAUUUUAUCUUAAUCGGCAAUAUGAUGAAGUUUGAAUUGUUCUAUCUGAAAAAAUGAAUGUUAUAGAAGUAAUCUAAAUUUAAUCAAAUUUUCUCAGUAAGACACCAAGUAUUUAUAGAUAAUAUUCCUUCUGACGU